AUGGCUAUCCAAUACCUCAUCCUCCUCUCGCGCCAGGGCAAAGUGCGCCUCGCAAAAUGGUUCACCACCCUCUCGCCCAAGGAAAAGGCCAAGAUCGUCAAGGACGUUUCUCAGCUGGUCCUCGCCCGUAGAACCCGCAUGUGCAACUUCCUCGAGUAUAAGGAUUCCAAGAUCGUUUACCGCAGAUAUGCGUCGCUAUUCUUCAUCGCAGGAGCGGCGUCAGAAGAUAACGAACUUAUUACCCUCGAGAUCAUCCAUCGCUACGUCGAGCAGAUGGACAAGUACUAUGGCAACGUCUGCGAGCUAGAUAUCAUCUUCUCCUUUACGAAAGCCUACUACAUCUUGGACGAGCUAUUAUUGGCGGGAGAACUACAAGAAAGCAGUAAAAAGAAUGUGCUGCGGUGUAUAUCCCAGCAGGAUUCGCUCGAGGACAUGGAGGUCGAGGACGAGGUUACAAAGAUCAUGUAA